GGGGAGGGGGGGCAAGGUGGCGGUUCAAGAGCGGUACCAGUGCGAUACCCCCCAGCCCAUUACCGCCCCCACUAUGCGUUCCCCCUCCUCCGGGGCUGCAAGGAUGCGUUUGAGUGAGGCAUGAUGGGACUGUGCAGCUGCAGCCUCACCUGCGGAGCCCCAGAAGGACACUUUCUUCCUGACGCACCGGGGACAUCCUGAUCGCCUCCGAUCAUGGACGGCCCACGGACAGCCUUCACCACCGUCAGCGACAACGAGUCGGUUUUACCGGAGAACACGUCCUAGAGACAAUCAGGAGGAGCGGACAGGCAAGCGGCAUACUAUUUCUCACAUGGACCGCAGGACUUUGUCCGCCAAGAUGCGCUGGAUCACGCUGCUGCUGGCCGGGUGGACUUUUUGGGGCAAAGUGGUCUCCAGCGCGGACUAUGACGAUGCGGACUAUGACUACUAUGAGGACGAGAGAGCGGACACCAUCGACUACAAGGACCCUUGUAAAGCUGCUGCUUUUUGGGGCGACAUCGCGUUAGACGAGGAAGACCUGCGCAUGUUCCAGAUUGACAGGACGAUAGACCUGUCGCAGCAUACGCACACACACCCCCUACUGGAAGGUCUGUACGACCAUGAAGUGUCAAAGAAGAGAGGGUCUUUGUACCUGCUGCUGGAGAGGAUACGGCAUUUCGGCUUGGACUUUCUCCCCCUGAAAAACUCCAGUAAGGCAGCUGCCAGUCACAGAAGCGAAAGCGGGAAAAGCGUCAAGGCAGGAAAUACUGCCAAGAGUCGCUUUCCUCGAGCGGCCACAUCCCGAGCAGAGAGGAUCUGGCCUGGGGGAGUCAUUCCCUACAUCAUUGGUGGGAACUUCACUGGUAGUCAGAGGGCAAUGUUCAAGCAGGCCAUGCGUCAUUGGGAGAAACAAACAUGUGUGACGUUCAUCGAGAAGACCGACGAGGAGAGCUACAUCGUGUUCACCUACCGACCCUGCGGGUGUUGCUCCUAUGUGGGUCGCCGCGGCAAUGGGCCACAGGCCAUCUCCAUCGGCAAAAACUGCGAUAAGUUUGGCAUCGUGGUGCACGAGCUGGGCCAUGUCAUCGGCUUCUGGCACGAGCAUACGCGUCCUGAUCGCGAUGAUCACGUGACCAUCAUAAGGGACAACAUCCAGCCAGGUCAGGAGUAUAACUUCCUGAAGAUGGAGCCAGGGGAAGUCAACUCUCUCGGGGAGCCAUAUGACUUUGACAGCAUCAUGCACUAUGCCAGGAACACUUUCUCACGGGGGAUGUUCCUCGACACCAUCCUUCCAUCCAGGGACGAAAACGGCGUCCGGCCUGCUAUUGGCCAAAGGACCAGACUCAGUAAAGGAGACAUUGCACAGGCAAGGAAGCUCUAUAGAUGUCCAGCAUGUGGAGAGACGCUCCAGGAUUCCACAGGCAACUUUUCCUCUCCUGGUUACCCCAAUGGAUACCCUUCAUACACGCACUGUGUGUGGAGGAUAUCAGUUACACCUGGGGAAAAGAUUGUUCUCAACUUUACCACCAUGGAUCUGUACAAGAGCAGCCUGUGCUGGUACGACUACAUGGAGGUCCGUGAUGGCUACUGGAGGAAGGCGCCUUUGCUGGGCAGGUUUUGUGGAGACAAACUUCCUGACGUCUUGACCUCCACUGACAGCAGAAUGUGGAUAGAGUUCCGUAGCAGCAGCAACUGGGUGGGGAAAGGCUUUGCUGCUGUCUAUGAAGCUAUCUGUGGUGGGGAUAUCAACAAGGACUCGGGACAGAUCCAGUCUCCCAACUAUCCCGACGAUUACCGACCCUCCAAAGAGUGCGUGUGGAGGAUUACCGUGUCGGAGGGAUAUAACGUGGGCCUCAGCUUUCAGGCCUUUGAGAUUGAGCGACAUGACAGCUGCACCUACGACUACCUGGAGGUGCGUGACGGCCCGCUUGAGACAAGCCCUCUGAUUGGACGUUUCUGCGGCUACGACAAGCCUGAAGACGUGCGCUCCACCUCUCACACUCUCUGGAUGAAGUUUGUCUCCGAUGGAACGGUCAACAAGGCAGGCUUUGCAGCAAACUUCUUCAAGGAGGAGGACGAGUGUGCCAAGCCGGACAAUGGCGGAUGCGAGCAGAGGUGCGUCAACACGCUGGGAAGCUUCAAGUGCGCCUGCGAUCCGGGCUAUGAACUAGCGCCCGACAAAAAGAGCUGUGAAGCUGCGUGUGGCGGCCUCCUCUCCAAGCUGAACGGGACCAUCAGCACCCCUGGGUGGCCCAAAGAGUACCCCCCCAACAAGAACUGUGUGUGGCAUGUGGUGGCCCCGACCCAGUAUCGAAUCUCCAUGCAGUUUGAAGCCUUUGAAUUGGAGGGUAACGAGGUGUGCAAGUACGACUAUGUGGAGGUGCGCAGCGGCCUGUCGCCGGACUCCAAGUUGCAUGGAAAAUUCUGCGGUACCGAGGUGCCUGAAGUCAUCACCUCUCAGUACAACAACAUGAGAAUUGAGUUCAAGUCGGACAACACCGUGUCCAAAAAGGGCUUCAAAGCUCUUUUUUUCUCAGACAAAGACGAGUGCAGUAAAGACAACGGCGGCUGCCAGCACGAGUGCAUCAACACAGUGGGCUCAUACGUGUGCCAGUGUCGCCACGGUUUCGUGCUGCACGAGAACAAGCACGACUGUAAGGAAGCCGAGUGCGAGCACAAGAUCCACAGCCCCAGCGGGACCCUGAGCAGCCCCAACUGGCCCGACAAGUACCCCAGCCGUAAGGAGUGCACCUGGGACAUCACGGCCACGCCGGGACAUCGUGUCAGGAUAGCCUUCAGUGAGUUUGAGAUCGAGCAGCACCAGGAGUGCGCCUACGACCACCUGGAGGCCUUUGACGGGGACGCUGACACGGCGGCCAUUUUGGGUCGUCUGUGCGGCAGUAAAGUGCCCGAUCCGCUUGUCUCCACGGGAAACAGAAUGUACCUCCGCUUCAUCUCUGAUGCCUCGGUGCAGAGAAAGGGCUUCCAAGCCUCGCACUCCACAGAGUGUGGAGGUCGCCUGAAGGCGGACGUCCGCCAGAAGAACCUCUACUCACACGCCCAGUUCGGCGAUAACAACUACCCGGGCCACAGCGACUGCGAGUGGCUGCUGACGGCCGAGCAGGGCUACGGCAUCGAGCUGAGCUUCAUCACCUUCGAGGUAGAGGAAGAGGCCGACUGCGGAUACGACUACAUCGAGCUCUACAACGGCUACGACGCCGACUCGCACCGGCUGGGUCGAUUCUGCGGCUCAGGGCCCAGAGAGGGACUCUACUCCCCCAGCGAUGCCGUGCUCAUCCGUUUCCAUAGCGACGACACCAUCAGCAAGAAGGGCUUCCACAUCCGCUACUCGAGCGCCAAGUUCCAAGAGAGCCUUCACGCCAGGAAAUGACCCCCAGGCCCUGACUCGCCCCCCACCAUCGCCACUUUCGACCUCAGCGAGAAAGCCCUGUCACGAGGGCGGAGUCUUUGACGAAAGCAGAUUACUGUCCCUCCGUGUGGAAGGGACGCCAGUCGGCCGUAUAUGGACAUGCCGCGGGUGGAAUAUAAAUAUAUAUUUUGGAGGACGUCAGCGCUGCUCUUUGGACACGAGAGUGACUCUACAUCCAUUUUCUACCGCUUGUCCCUUUCGGGGUCGCUGGAGCCUAUCUCAGCUGCAUUCGGGCGGAAAGCAGGGUGCACCCUGGACAAGUCGCCAUCUCAUCACAGGGCCAACACAGAUAGACAACAUUCACACUCACAUUCACACACUUAUAGUGUUGCCAAUCAACCUAUCCCCAGGUGCAUGUCUUUGGAGGUGGGAGGAAGCCGGAGUACCCGGAGGGAACCCACGCAGUCACGGGGAGAACAUGCAAACUCCACACAGAAAGAUCCCGAGCCCGUGAUUGAACUCAGGACCUUCGUAUCAAAAAACUCAUUGUAGCAUUUUCCUCAAAUACGAGCACAUUUUUAUUUUCCGCUUGGACCAAGUCUCCAAGCAAACAUUUUUACCGCCUCGUGUGUCGGAAUUGACGAUUUGUGUUGCCUGUGUGUGUUUGUGUGCGCUGACAAAUGACCUCCGCCAAGGCAGAAAAGUCCAAAACAUGUCCGAUAGGUAACAGUUCCACUCCAAUCCUGUAGGUGGCAGUAGUGCACUUGCCUCCCCUUUCACCACAGCACCAUCUGCAGGACCUGGUGGGUCACUGCCCCCCGCUUGGCUACAUCGCAUGCAGAAUAACAGCGGAAAUAUGCCAGGUCUGUCAUCUUUUCCACAAAGUUCAGUGGACUAUGUGAUCUUUUUUUUUUUUUUUUUUUUAAUCUCCUGCCGACCGUCCGUUACGUGGAGAUGACAGCCUAACAUUGUUUGCACUUGGCGAAGGAAAGAAAUGAACCAUAAAAUCAAUGUGAAAGCCUUUUCCGCGGACGUCCCCUUCCUUUUAAGGUAUUUCCGUGGACAUCGGAGGGGAAUAUCCGUCCUUGCCGUCCAGAGAAGCAGGACGGGCCGCAAAGGAGACGCUCCCAUUGGUGCUAAAUACAAAUGCUGAGUGAGGGCUGGCGACGGGGCUCACGAAGCGGCACGCUGCGUAGUCCUGUGGAACUACUUUAUUGCCUUAGUACUCAACGGAUGCCAUGUCUUCUUUUCUUUUGUCUCCAUGCUUUUACUGUUUGGAGGGGAAAAAAGAAACCACGCGACAUCGAUGGUGCAUGUGCAGCGUUUUGUAGCUUCAGACCCAAACAUUUUUACGUCCCAGCCCCGCGCUGUUCCUCCCUGUGUACUAUAUGUAAGUUUGUUAUAGAUGAUGUCAAAAGUGUGUGUGUGUGUGCGCGCAAAGUGUUUGUAAGUGGAACGAAGAAUCGCCCUCACGUGCCAAGCUCCACAUGAUCCAAUGUCUUUUAUUACUAUUAUUAAUAUUAUUAUAUUUCCUCGUCUGUGUCUGUGACGCCGACAUGUCCCACACCUCCCCUGCAUCAUUAAAAAUACACACAGGUUCAAAACCA